AUGGAUUCUCUACAUAAAGGAUGGUUUACAGAAUUUUCUCCAGAUGAUGCUGAUCGUAUUGCUGGCUCUGAUGGUGGUACUAAAAUGAUGCAUUUGGACGGGCAGGAGAUGUCUGGUGCUUGGACUGGGCAGGCAUUCUCUUUGGAUAUUGACAAAGUUUUGUUUCAUCAAAAAUCAAAAUAUCAGGACGUUCUGGUUUUGAAAAGGUUUUUCUUUUUGGGGUUCUAUUCGUUUAUUAGGGGUGGUGGUAGGGUAAACUAA